AUUCCUCCAACCUGACCCCUAUUUCCUUGUUCCCAAUCUCCUCUGCCUUCACGCAAGUUUCAUAUCUCCUUUUCCUCCUCCUCAUUAAAAAACUCACCUCCCUCUCUUCCUCAUGAAUCAUCCUCUUCCUUGGACAUCUUCUUUGUCCCACUCCCAUUUCCAACAAUACCAAUCCCAUCCCAUCUCCUCUCCAUUAACUUACCUUGAUCUCAGUGCACUUUCAUUCACUUACACUACUUGGGACAUCUUCCUUCCCAGGUUUCAAUAAAAUCCUCUUCCCCUUCUCUUCUAGAAAGUCUCAAAUCUUCUUCUCUGAAUCUUUGAUGACGUUCUCCAUUGAAUUCUUUGCUUUCAUGUUCAUGACUUUUGGGGCACGCCAGCAAUCUCCUCUGCUUCGAGUUUAAUCUCACCCUUCUUAAGUUUCCCGUCGACACCUCUCCUUUCCCUUCUUCAAUGGCUCACGACCAACCUCCCCAAAAACCGCAACCUCCACCAUCUCCCUCAAGUAGCAGCUUCCCCAUUCUAGCUAUCUCCAUCUGUGGCAUCUUCACCACAUCCAUCCUUCUCCUCACCUACUAUGUCUUGGUGAUCAAGUGCUGCUUCAACUCGCGCCGAUCCAAUGUCAUCUCCCGGCUCUCUCGCUCCUGGAUGCGCAGCGAGAACUCACUCAUGGUCUUCCCGACCACCAUCCAAAGCCGUGGCCUCGAAGAAUCUGCCAUUCGGGCAAUACCGACGUUCCGAUAUCGGAAAGGCGGCGACGGCGACGGCGACGAACAGGGGAAGAGUUCCUCCCAGGAGUGUGCUGUAUGUCUUAAUGAGUUCCAAGAUGAAGAGAGGGUCAGACUACUUCCCAAUUGUUUACAUGUCUUCCAUAUAGACUGUAUUGAUACUUGGCUCCAAACAAAUGCCAAUUGUCCCCUCUGUAGGUCAGACAUCACACCCACCAGCCCAAUUUCUAAUGACCACUUAAUGGACUUUGCCUCCCAGCAGAAUCUCCAACAUAGUGGGGAUAUAGUGAUAGAGGUUAAUGAUGAUGGCAGUGAUGAGGUUAGACCAGUUAGUAGUAGCAUCAAUACUGAUCCUUCUACCAUGAAGGCAGAGCAGGGGGUUGGGCACAAGAAGGGGAGGAAGCACCACCAUGUGAGCAGCAUGGGGGAUGAGUGCAUUGAUGUGAGGGGCAAAGAUGAGCAAUUCUCCAUCCAGCCUAUAAGGAGGUCCUUCUCUAUGGACUCUUCAAGUGAUAGGCAGCUCUACAUGGCGGUGCGGAAGAUCUUGCAGCAGAACCCACACUUUCAAGAUGUCAGCGCUGAGGAAAGCAGCAGCAGCAGCAACUCAGGGAGGAUCCGGCGGUCUUUCUUCUCGUUUGGCCAGAGCCGGAUUUCAAGGAGCGCUGUUCUUCCGAUUCAAAAUGAGGUGUGAUCGAAGAGAUUCUACUGUUUCUUCUCCUUCUUCUAACAGGCUUUGGAAUAGAUUAUUGUAUGAACAUGGAGCGAGCUUAUAUUGGAAUUGAAUUUGAGAUGUAGAGUAUAAGCUUUUUUUUCUUUUUCUUUUUCUUUUUUUUUUGAUGAUAAUGUAGAGUAUAAUAAGCUUAGUUAUGUUUUUGUAUGGCAGUAUCGCCUGAAUCAUAAUAGGUUAAAAGUUUUAUUCUCUUGUUUAUCUAAGCUCUGCUCCUUUAUCUUUUCUUUUUUCCAAUAAAUUUCUUUUGCAUUUUAU